AAUAGGAAGAGAGUUUACCACAAGAUUUCCCAAUGACUCAUUCGUGAAUUGCUUGCGCUGGGAAUUUCCUCUGACAGAGCUGAAACAUGGUACUUCAGGGCAAGUGAGAUGGUAUAAAAGCAGCAGGUCUUGCAGAGCUCAGACACAAAACUUCUGAAGCACUCCCAAGUACCUUGCCUUUCAGGACAGCAGCCAAGAAAGACAUCCCUCGCCUCAACAUGAACUCCAAGGUUGUUGUUGCCAUUCUGGCUCUUUUCGUGCUCUCCGGCUCUCUGACGGAAGGUGUCUCACUGGCCCGGAUCGGGAGCGAGCUGCGCUGCCAAUGCAUAAGCACCCAUUCCACAUUCAUCCCGACCAGACACAUUCAGGAUGUCAAACUGACCCAAAGCGGGCCCCACUGCAAGAAUGUCGAAAUCAUUGCAACUCUUAAGGACGGGAAAGAAGUGUGCUUGGAGCCCACAGCUAGAUGGGUGAAAGUGAUCAUCAAAGCCAUCCUGGAUAAGGCUCAAGCCAAUGCAGAAUCCCAGUUAUAAGGAAAAAAACUCUUGGAAUCUUUCCUGUCUUGCUUCCCUGAAAGAAGCUGAGCCAUUUCUAUCAAGUCUACUUUAUAUAAGAGCCUUUUAUAAAUUUGGAUAUUGUUGUUGUCUUAUUUAUGUAUUUAUUUUACAACCUUGCUGAUAGAAAACCCUUUAUAAGGAUGUAUUUAAAAUAAUUGUAAAAGGAAAGCCUUGUGCAGAAAGCAGGAAGAUGAGGUGGUUAAAUCAAGGUGAUUUGGAAAGUGGAAUGUAUUGCUAAGUGCAGUUGCAAUAGUGGUGAAACUGUGUGUACAAACUGGCAACAGAUCCUGGUCCCUUGGGGCACAGGCAAAGCUAACAACAGUUGCAUCAGGAGAGCCAGCUACCUACUGUUGGUCACUUUAGUGGUUACAGCACCAGGAGACACGGGUUCAAAUCCCCACUCAGCCAUGAAACUCAACCCAUGGCCUUGGGCUGGUCCCUAUCUGUCAGUCGAAUCUACCUCAUGGGGUUGAGAGAAAGAGCCACAUGUGAUGCUCUGAGCACCAGAGGAAGGGUGGGAUGAAAUGUUAUUUAGUUAAUAUCUGUCAUAUCUGAAGUGCCUUUCAGAUAUAUUGUUUUUUUUCAGUUUCUAACCUAUUUAUUCACACGUCAUAUCUGAAGUAAUUAUCUGUUGUCCUUGAAAUCUUCUGUGUCAGAUU